AAUUUUGUAAUCCCACAAAUUAAUCCUAUUGAUUAAUAUUUGUUUGCCGCCUCUGUUUUGACAGGAAACAACCAGUUUGCCAAACAAGUCGCCGAAGUCACCCUUGAGGAUGUUGAACCCCGAUUGUCGCUCUUAUCAACACCGCCCCAGCUCGGCUCUCGCUUGCUUACUCGCGCCAUCACGACUGCGGACUUUUGCCCUCUCUCAUUGACAGAUAAAGACACGGCACCGACCCGCUGCGCCAGAACAAGUGGGACAUGUUCGCCUCCAAGUCGCCCAAAAGUCUAUCCAGAGAUGGGUCCGCCGACCAAAUGUGCAUGGUCGAGAAGGAGCGCGUGCACGCGUCGGACCAACAGGUGCAGCGAGGUCUUGACAACUUGGCUUAUGAGUAUGGCAGUCAAAGCGAGCUCUGCCCUCCACUCAGAACCUCCACAGAAACCUUUAAGCUUCUGGGCCUGGCCCCGGAGCACCCGCUCCAUGCCGUGGUGGAGAGCAGGAUCUCCAGGCUGAGCGGCGUAUUGGGCGUUAGCUCGGUUUCCCCGAGCCGGCUCACCAAGGUGGACUACUCGAGCUCUGUGGUCACAGCCGCAGAGAUCGCCCAGGAGCUACGCCGGAUGGGCUUCCGCGUGGAGUCGGGGGUGUGGAUCGGCGUGGACGGCAUGCGUUGCCAGUCCUGCGUGGAAUCCAUCGAGCGGCACGUCGCCGCCCUGCGUGGGGUUUCUCACGUUCGGGUAUCGCUCGAAGAAGGCGCGGCGCUGGUUGCAUUCCAACCGCUUCACGUCACGCGGCAGGAACUGAGGGACAAGAUUGAGGAGAUGGGAUUUGGAGCAACUUUACUGGCUGAUGAUCCAUCUGCAGCCAUCAACCACUGGCAGAGUGAUGGAAGCCAAACCGUGACUGUCUGGAUAGGAGGAAUGACCUGCAACUCCUGCGUGCAGUCCAUAGACGGGAGGAUCUCUCAGAUGACGGGGGUCCGCUCCAUAGAAGUCUCACUCAAAGAAGAAAAGGGAACAAUCACCUUUGACCCGGGCCCGACCGGACCGGAGCAGCUUAGGCUAGCUAUCGAGGAAAUGGGCUUUGACGCGUCACUCCGAGAACCAGCCCAGACUCACCAAGCGACCGUUAGCCGAGAACUCCCCGAGCUGUCGGACCGGUCUUGUAAAACAGAAUUAAGCAACGGCACCGGAUGCCAUUCCACAUCCGCACAGCAGUCGACGGGCACCAAAGAGCAAAAGUGCUUCAUCAGCGUGAAGGGAAUGACCUGCGCCUCGUGUGUGGCCAACAUUGAAAGGAACCUACUGAAACACAGAGGGAUCAUCUCAGUUUUGGUGUCACUGAUGGCCGGAAAAGCGGAAGUCAAAUACGACCCGAACGCGAUAGACGCCCCUGCCGUGGCUCAGCUCAUAGAGGACUUGGGUUUUGGCGCCAAGACCAUCGAGGACAACGCCGUGGCUCACGGGAAAUUGGAUCUCACUAUAACGGGAAUGACGUGUGCGUCGUGCACCCACCAUAUUGAAUCGAAGCUCAGCGCAACCAAAGGGAUCGUUGGCGUUUCCGUAGCCUUGGCAACAAAAACGGCAAACAUCCAGUUUGACCCGGAUGAGCUAGGAGCUCGAGAUAUCAUCAACAUCAUUCAGAAUCUCGGCUUUGAGGCCACUCUGAAGAAGGCGGGCUAUAAAAGCAAUCUUGACCACACAGAAGAAAUUCAACAGCAAGUAUCUCAUCAGCUUCAACGGAAUGAGGUCAUUUUUGGGCAAAAUAACACGUGGGUUUUCUGCAGGUGGAAAACCUCCUUCCUUCUCAGCUUACUGUUUGGCCUGCCCGUCAUGGGCCUCAUGGUCUACAUGAUGGUGAUGGACAGCCAGCACCAGCAGCAUGGAGGCACCAUGCCGGAGGAGCAAAGCCUGCUGCCUGGCCUCUCAGUCCUGAAUCUGACCUUCUUCCUGCUGUGUACACCGGUCCAGAUCUUCGGAGGCCGCUACUUCUACAUCCAAGCGUAUCGCUCUUUGAAACACGGCACGGCCAACAUGGACGUCCUUAUUGUGCUGGCCACCACCAUCGCUUACGUCUACUCUUGCGUGGUACUCGUCGUGGCCAUGGCGGAGCGAGCCGGUCAGAGCCCAGUCACCUUUUUUGACACGCCGCCGAUGCUUUUUGUCUUCAUUGCGCUGGGCCGAUGGCUGGAGCAUCUUGCCAAGAGCAAAACCUCAGCAGCUUUAGCCAAGUUGAUGUCCCUCCAAGCCACCGACGCCACUGUGGUCACCAUGGGGCCUGACCACUCCAUCAUCAGUGAGGAGCAAGUGCUGGUGGAGCUGGUGCAACGCGGCGAUGUCGUCAAGGUAGCUCCAGGAGGGAAGUUCCCCGUCGAUGGGAAGGUGAUUGAAGGAAACUCCAUGGCAGAUGAGUCUUUAAUCACAGGUGAGCCAAUGCCGGUAAGUAAGAAGGUGGGCAGCCCGGUGAUUGCAGGUUCCAUCAACGCUCACGGCGCUCUUCUUGUGGAGGCCACCCACGUUGGUGCAGACACAACGCUGUCACAAAUUGUCAAACUGGUGGAAGAAGCCCAAACAUCUAAGGCUCCCAUCCAGCAGUUUGCUGACCGACUUAGCGGAUAUUUUGUUCCCUUUAUCAUCUUGGUGUCUCUGCUCACUCUUGUGGCGUGGCUUGCCGUCGGCUUUGUCAACUUUGACAUUGUGAGAGAGAAUUUCCCGGCUUACAACACCGACCUAUCCAAAGCAGAAGUCGUCAUCCGUUUUGCCUUCCAGGCAUCCAUCACUGUUCUUUCCAUUGCGUGCCCCUGUUCCCUGGGGCUGGCCACCCCCACAGCGGUAAUGGUGGGCACCGGGGUAGGAGCGCAGAACGGGAUCCUCAUCAAAGGAGGGGAACCGCUGGAGAUGGCCCACAAGAUCAAUGUGGUGAUGUUCGACAAGACGGGCACCGUCACUAACGGCGUGCCCAGGGUGACGCGUGUGUUGGUGCUAUGGGAGAUGGCCCGCAUGCCUCUGAGGAAGAUCUUGUCAAUCGUGGGGACGGCAGAAGCCAGCAGUGAGCACCCACUGGGGAUCGCCGUCACCAAGCAUUGCAAAGAGGAGCUGGGCGCAGAUGUUCUGGGUUACUGUCAAGACUUUCAAGCAGUGCCCGGCUGCGGGAUCAGUUGCCGGGUCUCCAACGUGGACCACCUGCUGCCGCCGCAGAGUGAAGAGCGAUUCCUGUUGCCGGGGGCAACCACAGAUGAAAGCGGUCCAGCGGACCUUUCAAAUGCAGGUGAGGUUUUGUGUUACUCUGUCCUGAUCGGGAACAGAGAGUGGAUGAGGAGGAACGGCCACCAUGUCGGAGCGGACGUGGACGCCGCCAUGUCCAGCCAUGAGACAAAGGGGCAGACGUCUAUCUUGGUGGCCAUAGACGGCGUGCUGUGCGCCAUGAUCGCCGUUGCCGACACGGUGAAGGCGGAGUCAGCCUUGGCGGUGCACACCCUCAAAAGCAUGGGCAUCCAGGUGGUCAUGAUAACGGGGGACAACAGACGCACAGCCAAAGCCAUCGCCGCACAGGUGGGGAUCAGGAAGGUGUUUGCGGAGGUGCUGCCUUCGCACAAGGUGGCCAAAGUACAGGAGCUCCAGGAGCAAGGCUUGCGUGUGGCCAUGGUGGGCGACGGCGUUAACGAUUCGCCCGCCCUGGCCCGCGCCGACGUCGGCAUCGCCAUCGGCACGGGCACCGACGUGGCUAUCGAAGCGGCCGAUAUCGUUCUCAUCAGAAACGAUCUCCUGGAUGUGGUGGCCAGUAUCGAGCUAUCCAAGAAGACCGUGCGGAGGAUCCGGAUUAAUUUUUUCUUUGCCGUUAUCUACAACCUCGUCGGAAUACCCGUUGCUGCAGGCAUGUUCAUGCCGCUCGGUCUGGUGCUCCAACCCUGGAUGGGCUCGGCCGCAAUGGCCACCUCGUCCCUUUCCGUGGUGCUGUCAUCUUUGCUGCUCAGAUUAUACAAAAAAACAUCAGUGGAAGCGUAUGAGGUCAGAGCAAGAGGCCUGAUGCGGAGUCUUCAGUCUUCACAGAUCAGCACGUUCCCGAGACUAGAAGGCCACCGGCGCAGUCCGGGUCCUUCCACUGAAACCCGGGAAGAGCACAACACCAAUGGUACACUAGUUUUAUAAUAUUUAUGUCAAUAAAUCUUUUUCCAAGUAAGAUUGCGUGAUGUGGUGCGUCGGUGAGAGCAGUCGGGUGGAAUAGCGGAACGGUGGAGCAUGCUAGCGUGUCUGACUUGAUCCUGAAAGAAUGUCGGGUUGCAUUUAUUUUUUAUUUUCACCUUAUUAGCGGUGGAAAAAUAGACAAAUGGAAAAUAAUCACAACUGACAAUUGUAUGAAUCUGGGAUACAGUUCAAAAAAAUGUGGGCAACGUUUAGCAACUACUGUUUUUGAUUUUUUUUUUGUUUCACUCUUUACUGGUUGAUGAUAAAAUGCAGAAGAGCCAAAGAUUUAUUGAAAGUAUUUUGCAGAUGUAAUUGGAAUCAUGCCACUGUUCACUGAUUCCGCAACAUCAUCUCCAAGCACCUUACUGUAAAAACCCUGAGUGUGUAGAUACUGUAUGUGGAUAUACGGUGCAGUAUAUAAAUAUGACACAUUUAUUUUAUAUCAUCAGUGUAAGAGCCUAUCAAUAAAAUGAAUGAUGUGGAGCUA